UGAUCAUAAAUAAAAAGAGUGCCGUGAUGGAUAAACCGAUAAAAAGUUCAAAUUUUGCACUAUUCGUAGUGUAGUACAUGCAGUGUUCAUCGAUAUAACUAGAAGGUGAUUUCUUGCACAACUACAAACUCUCUCUCUCUCUCUUUCUACAGCUUGGCAAGCAAGCUCUAGACAUCUACCUAUAUAUAGGCCGAAGAUCUCUCCUCGGAUUCCUGCAGUUCACAAUACAAAAUUUGAAGAAGGAAGUGGGAUACCGUGAGAUUCACAAUGGUGAUGGAAGUGAGAAAACAUCAUAUCAUCCUCUUCCCUUUCAUGGCUCAAGGCCAUAUCUCACCAUUCCUCUUGUUAGCAGAGAAAAUCCAUCGAAAAAACCCUAAAUUCACCAUCACCCUCAUCAACACUCCCCUCAACAUCAAGAAACUCAGGUCCUCCCUCCCUCCGAAAUCUAACAUCCAUUUAAAAUCCCUACCAUUCAAUAGCUCUGCUCAUGGCCUCCCACCCGAGACCGAGACCACUGCCUCACUCCCAUUUCCUCUCAUAAUUAAUCUCCUUCGAGCUUCCGAAACUCUCCAGCCUAAAUUCGACGAAUUUAUCACCGACAUAACCCGAAAAGACGGAUGCCCGCCUUUAUGCAUUAUAGGAGAUCAUUUCUUAGGUUGGACAGUAGAAGUAGCUCGAAAAUUCGAUAUAUUCCAUUCCGUAUUUCUCACUUGUGGAGCCUAUGGAGGCUCAGUUUACUUCUCUCUGUGGAAAAAUCUGCCUCACACCAAAACAAACUCUAUAGAAUUUUCACUGCCAGAACUCCCAGAUAUCUACAUUCAUCGAUCACAGCUCCCCAAACACCUUUUAUCUGCCAACGGAACGGACCCUUGGUCCAUUUUCGUGCAACGGCAAAUCUCAUACUGCAAGAAAUCAGACGCGAUGUUAAUAAACACUUCGGAGGAAUUUGAGACGCUAGGGUUAUCCAUGCUUCGUAAAUUUCUCGGCCAGGUUCCAGUUUUGCCUGUCGGUCCAUUGCUUCGCCUGUCAGAAUCUCAUUCCACUGAAGCAAGCUUAUUCCAAUGGCUGGAUUCAAAUCCAAACGCUUCGGUUUUGUAUGUUUCAUUCGGUUCUCAGAACACAAUCUCUUGCUCUCAGAUGAUGAAUCUGGCAAUGGGCUUGGAAUCAAGCGGCGUUCCGUUCAUCUGGGCCAUUAGGCCACCACUUGGGUUUGACAUAAAAGGCGACUUUAACCCAGAAUGGCUACCUCAAGGAUUUGAAGAGAGAAUGAGAGAAAAGAAUCAAGGUAUUCUUCUCUACAAAUGGGCACCUCAGGUGGAAAUACUGUCAAAUUCUUCAGUGGGGGCUUUCCUUAGCCAUUGUGGAUGGAAUUCAGUGCUAGAGAGCUUGGUGUUUGGUGUGCCAAUCAUCGGAUGGCCGUUAACCGGAGAUCAAAUUUACAAUUCAAAGUUUUUGGAGGAGGAGGCUGGAGUUUGUGUUGAAGUGGCAAGAGGAGGUGCAAGUGUAGUGGAGAAAGAAAGAGUAGUCAGUGUGAUCGAAGUUGUGAUGGGAGAA